UCCCUUGUCGCUUCUCCGCCCCUUAUGGCCCUGAACUUCCUGAGCCGGAACUGUUUGGCUUGUUCCUGUCCCAGUUGAGGGUGGGGGCGGCUUUCGGCCUUAGGAGAGAAAAAAUGGAGCCCAGGAGGGCAGCGUCCGGAUCACCCAACCAGGGGUGUGCUGUGGGCGCGGGGUCAGCCGCGGAACUCGUGUACCAUUUAGCAGGGGCCCUGGGCACUGAGCUGCAGGAGCUGGCACGCCGUUUCGGGCCCGACGCGGCGGCUGGGCUCGUGCCACUAGUGGUGCGGGCGCUGGAGCUCUUGGAAAAGGCUGCCGUGGGGCCGGCGCCGGACUCGCUGCAGGUGUCCGCGCAGCAAGCCGAACUGGAGCUGCGGCGGCUGAGCGAGGAGAACCAGCGCCUCCGCCAGGAGCUAGGCUCAGGGCCGCAGGAGGAGCGCGAGCUGCUGCGACAGCUCAAGGAAGUGACGGACCGACAGCGGGACGAACUUCGGGCACACAGCCGAGAUCUAAUGCGCCGAAGCCAAGAGACAGAGGCGCUGCAGGAGCAGCUGCAGCGCCUCCUACUGGUCAACUCGGAGCUGCGGUACAAGCUGGCCGCAGUGCAGACCCAACUCCGGGCGGCGCAGGAUCGGGAGAGGGAGCGCCAAAUAGCUCUAGAUGGCUCCCGCCAGCUGGCUGAAGAACAGAGACUGAAGCCCGAAGUGGCAACCCUAGACGACCGGGUGGAUGCUCAGCAGCAGCCAGGGCACCCUCCAGAGGCCGUUCAGUGUGGCUUCACCCGGGAGGAGCUUGAGCAGAUCCUUCAGGAGCGGAAUGAGCUCAAAGCCAACGUAUUCUUGCUCAAGGAGGAAUUGGCCUACUUCCAGCGAGAGCUGCUCUCAGAUCACCGGGUCCCUGGGCUUCUACUUGAAGCCAUGAAGGUGGCAGUCAAGAAACAGCGGAAGAAGAUCAAGGCCAAGAUGUUAGGGACACCAGAGGAAGCAGAGAGUAGUGACGAUGAGGAUGACUCAUGGCUCCUGCUCUCCAAUGACAAAGAAGAUGCUCCCCUGGUUCCUGGAUCCAGAAUACAGAAUUUCUUUAGCUUAUGGUAUCGGGGUGAAACUGAGACCCCUGAAGCUGAGACCAGCAGCACAGCUCCCAGCAGACUACAGGAAGGAGAAGAAGCCCCGCAGCAAUGCCACCUGGAACCUGUGGGCAGCCUUCCAGCCCCCAACUCCUGACUAGUCCUUCUCUGCUUUCAGUGACCGUUGUGGUCUGAGGACUAACUUUGGGUUCCAGUUGUAUAUGGAUGUGUGACCUCAAACAAGGGCAAGGCUUCCCUAGCUUGCACUAGGCAUGAUGGGAUUUCAGCCUGUCUCCCAUUCUUGACAUCUCUGUCCCACACUUUAGAGCCAGAGGUAAAUGUGUCUCUGAGUUCCACUUUCCCCAUUGUGAGACAGAGGGCUGCCUGCCUCCCCGAGAUUCAUGCAACCAGUGCAAUAAAACGUCGAUCCAUAAUACCCCUAAAAAUA